CAAGACCAGAGUAAAAUGAAAAAAGGGGGACAGGAAAGGCAUGAAUUUUGACUGCCAGCCACGCGAAGGCUCCGUACACUUGACUGUUGAAACGGAUCUAAUCGCCUGUAAAUACUCAAUGUGAAUAUUGAUUCCACAAAACACGUUAAACGACUCCGAGGCGUUCGGCUAUGAGAGCUGUAUAAGGAUCUGUCAUGACUAGACGAGCACGGGAUUUAUCAUAAGGCCUUUUGCAUUAUUUCUAUCUUUCCUUUCUUUACUCUUUUAAUUCUGCAGGAUGCUGCGAAAGUUUAAUUCAGAGGGUGCGUUGUUGGAUCUCGACUACUCACCUCGACGGCAAGGGGAUGGGACCCUGGACAUGUCAGAGGAUGAGAUGGAUUGCGCUCCAGCGUCCUAUCCUUGCACACCAGAUGCGAAGUCAGCGAGUACUGGCAAAAAUACGAAAGGAGAACUCAACCGAGAUCACAGUGUGGAAAACCUCAUCGGUUUGGAAAAGGACUCUGAUUUCUUAAAAGUCACAAACUUUAAUGAUAGCUUCAAAGCUUACAGUGACAGCCAGCUUGCCCCAAACGCCAAAGGCAGUUUUGAUAAAAUGGAAAAAUGGGGCAACCAUUCCCACUUGCUAUCGUCCACACUCAAAUCCAGCCAUUCUCCUGUCUCCCCGAGACCUCCCCAUUUUCACCGGCAGCAAGCUCGGGCCAAGUUAGCAGCAGCUAAAUUACACAUUAAAAGUUUGUUUGGACAGGGUUCUCCACAGUCCUCACAUUCAAAUCUUACAAGUGCAGAGCACAGGGAAAACGUAAGCAGUGCGAAGGAGAGGCGCUCGCGAAUGCCUUUCCUGAGACAGUGGAGUCAGAUGGGCCACAGUAAAGCUCGCCUCAGCAGGAAAGAGAUGGAACAUUGGGCCAUGUCUCUUGAUGCUUUGAUGGACAGCAGAGUGGGAGUAACAGUGUUUGAAGCAUUCCUACGAUCCGAGUUCAGCGAUGAGAACCUGCAGUUCUACAUGGCCUGUGAGCAGUACAGACAGUCGUCCAACAAAUUCAGUCUGCAGAGGCGGGCGAAAGCUAUUACUGAGACCUACAUUCAGCCGGGUGCUCCCAGAGAGGUCAAUCUUGACAGUAAGACGAGAGAACUGUCUCUGGAGCUCUUAAAAGCGCCAUCACACACCUCUCUGUCCCACGCCCAGAAGCGCAUCUACUGCCUCCUGGAAAUGGACUGUUACCCCCGUUUCCUUCAGUCUGAGAUCUACCUCACACUACUGAGGGAUUCAUACUAGAACAAAACUGGGCGGAGCCAAACCAACAAGGACAAGGUCAUCCUAAAAACUCAAAAGACCUUGAGAUGAGAUACAUGGACAGUUGGAAAGGAGACAAGCGAAUCUAGUCGCCUAAGAGAGUUAUUAAGUUAUGUUAACUACUGAAGAAUUGUUGUCUAAUGAAAAGGGAAAUUAAUACAUUUUGGAGGGACGAUGUGACUUGAAUGAAUGAUGUAAGGUCUUAAAGGGUCAUGUUGUGUAGAAGGAGGUGCUUACUGUGAAUGUUUUAUAUGAAAAGAGGUUAAUUCGGGGGUUUUCUUAGUUGCUCAGUAGAGACCGUUUGAUAAUCAGGGAAUAAAUGGCAUGUUGACGGCAACAAAGGAAAAACACGUUCUGCAAGAAUGGGCUGUUCGCUGCAGGACAGAAACACAGAUUGGGUUAAACCACGGUCGAAGCAUUCAUUGACUCAAAUGUAUAGCUGUAACACUGAAAACGUAUUCCUAGAAUUUACUGUUAUCUAAAUCCUUUUUGUACCUAAAAUGUAUUUACAAACUGAACUUGCUAAAUUGAGAUAUUUUACACCAGUAUCAAGUGACACAAGAUCUCUGAGAUCGUACACUGACAUUAUAAACCCAUUCAAAAUUUACAGACGUGUUGUUUGAAUAGACAAUAUGAACACAAGUACUUUGAACAAGGUUAAACCUUUCCUGUUUUUACAGAUGCAGAUAGUUUUGGCAGAUCUUUACUGGUCAGCAUGUUUAGACUUAUUUUGUGUAUUAGGUUUGUGUUGUCAUUGGUAAAUGAUGAAUGCAAAUUGCACAUUUAUUGUACAUGUGUAUGUCAUCCAUAUGAAUCUUAAGAGUGUUUAUUAUAAUAGAAAACUAUGCAACGGUAGACACUGAAAUCCGUCAAUGAAUUUGUCUCUGUGGUGUAUUUUUGUGUGGAAAAAAUGAAUUUAAAAAUGUCACAUUUUGAAAGUAGUAUUAAGUGUAAUACACUGUAACAACGUCUCAUGUAGUCUCUUUCUACAGAAGUUACAAGUCUUAAAAAAAAAUGUGGAAACUUGGAACCGCCACAAAAAAAAAAUACCACAAAUACCUUACCACUAAACACACGUCAAUGUCUGAUGA